AUGGAAGAAACCCUAUUAGCACUGCUCAGUUCUGAAUCUUUCUCCCUUUCAGAUUUUUGGCGCUCUGCAACCAUGCAUCCCAACUCUCCAUUCCUAAAUCCCCCGCUGCUACUCCGCCUCUUUUCUCCGGGCUCUACCGCUCUUCGAAGCUCGACUCCACUUCACUCUUCACAACUCAAUCACCCUUCCAAAAUAUCACCUCUUUUCUCCGGGCUCUCCUCUCCUUCUAAACGAACUUACACCCUUAUAGUCGCCAUGGACGGUACAGGGAAGGGUUGUUGCCCGGAACAAGAAUUGACUACUGAUGCACACAAGGUGCUCGACAUAAUGUCUCUGUUACGUGUUCACCCCGAUGAGACCACUUUUGGCUACCUUGUCUAUCUAUAUGCAACAAAAGGACUCGAGCACAAGAUGAUUGAACUACAAGACUUGGUAUCUAGGUUCAAUUUGCCCAAUAAAUCCAUUUUUAUUAGGUGUGAUCAAAUGUUCUUCAGCGAGAUAAUGAAAGAAGAUUCUGAUAUAAUGGGGUGUAUUAGCUCUAGAGUCAGACAUCUUGUCCAUCUUCAUUGCAAAACUGCCCUUAGGAAAAGUCUUAAGAAAUACGACAAAGUGCACAACUCUGUAAGUGGCGUGAACUUCAUGUCUAAGAUGCAGGCUGAACCAGGGGCGGAACCAUUUAGCUGGCAGGGGGGUGAAAUCUGCAAGCCCAAAGAUGAAGUAUUUGGUAAUCCAGGAUGCAUAACUGAACUAGAUUUACUUCUAAAACGAAGGUUUAGAAAAGAAUGGGAGGAAAGGCUUACUGAGCAUUGA